CAGCGUACAAAACCAAUUGUUAUGGUAACAUCCCCCUAUUUCAAUCAAUUUGGGCCAUUACACAACAGAGGCCCAUUUCUACGCACGUGCAUGUAGCGCAGAUUCACAUCACACUUCAACUCUGGUCACCAAGAUCCGCAGUUUCUCUGUUACACAAUUACACAAGGCAAACUCAACUUUCUUCCUUGCUGCGAGUCACUGAACACUGCACUCAACCAAUCUAAAACACUCUCCAAACAGAACCCCAAACUAUUCCCUUCUUCACAAACAAUCUCCAAUUCCCAUUUUGUCUAUCCACUCCUUCCAAUUUCCUCGUCAACCUAACCCACUGCUUCCACUGUGCCAACGCAUAAUUCAAGCAUUCUCGAAGAACCUCUUCCGAUGCGCCGCACUGGACCCAUUGAUCCAUGAAUCGUGAAAUGGAGGCAGUGGCUGAAAACCCCGCAAGGUCGAGGGGGUUAAAGUACGCAUCCAUAAACCCUAACAAACCUCAACCAUCCCCAAUUCCCAAACCCAACCAAUUCCCCUCCCACCUCGACGCGCCCAACGUCUCGUCUUCCGCUCGUGCCCUCUGUGACAUCCUCACACGCGCCUCCCCUCACGAAAUCGAAACCGCCCUCUCCUCCUCGGGAAUCGAUCCCGACGAGGACCUCGUCAAAGAGGUCCUGAAACUCUCCUACAAUUACCCUUCCUCCGCCGUCAAGUUCUUCCGGUGGGCCGGGCGAGGCAAAAGGCACCCGGCUCAUACCUGGAACUUGAUGGUCGACCUGCUGGGUAAAAACCAGCUUUUCGAGCCCAUGUGGGACGCCGUCAGGUCCAUGAAACAGGAAGAGAAGCUUUCUCUCUCCACCUUCGCUUCCGUCUUCCAUAGCUACUCCGCCGCCGGUAGGUUUAACGAGGCCGUCAUGAGCUUCGACGUCAUGGACAGGUAUGGCGUCAAGCAGGACGUGGUGGCCGUUAACUCGCUCCUCAGCGCCAUUUGCUGCGAGGACAACCAAACGUCCGUGGGCGUCGAGUUUCUCGAGAGGAUCAAGGCGAAGGUGUCGCCUGACGGCGACACCUUUGCCAUUCUUCUCGAAGGGUGGCAGAGGGAAGGCAAUGCUGCUAAAGCUAAGAUCACGUUUGGUGAUAUGGUGGCUCAAGUUGGCUGGGACAAGGACAAUGUUGCUGCCUACGACGCGUUUUUGAUGACCCUCUUUCGCGCUGACCUCAUGGAUGAUGUUGUCAGGUUCCUUCAGGCUAUGAAGGACCAUGAUUGCUUCCCAGGUUUGAAAUUCUUUACCAACGCGCUUGACGCUCUUGUCAAGCGAAACGACGCCCAUCACGCUAUCCCUAUGUGGGAUGUGAUGGUCAGUGGCGAGUUAGUGCCUAAUUUAAUCAUGUAUAAUGCCAUGAUUGGGUUGCUCUGCAACAAUGUUGCUAUUGAUCACGCCAUUCGCCUGCUCGAUGAGAUGGCUUUCCAUGGCGCUUUUCCGGACUCCCUUACCUACAACAUGAUCUUUGAGUGCUUGGUGAAGAAUAAGAAGGCGCGUGAGACGGAGAGGUUCUUCGCCGAGAUGAUCAAGAAUGAGUGGCCCCCUACCGGCCCUAACUGCGCUGCCGCCAUUGCAAUGUUGUUUGAAUGCGAUGAUCCUGAAGCAGCGCAUGAAAUUUGGAGUUAUGUUGUUGAGAAUCAUGUCAAGCCGCUUGAUGAGAGUGCGAAUGCCAUGCUAGUUGGACUUUGUAACUUGAGUAGAUUAUCGGAGGUUAAGAGGCUGGCUGAGGAUGUGCUUUAUAGAAGGAUCAAGGUAUAUGAAUCUACAAUGACAUUACUGAAGGAUGCCUUCUAUAAAGAAGGUAGAAGUGCAAGAGAUAGAUAUGAUAGUAUCUAUAGGAAGUGGAAAGCUCAUGUCCAGUUGUAAAUCUAAAAUUUAGUUGAUUUUCAACCUUUGUUGCCAAAGACAGGCAAGUUACACUUGUUCUUGACUGUCUUUGAUGGCUAAAGUGGUGUUCUGCAUCUUUCAUCAUAUUCACUCCAUGAUUGCCUUUCCCUGUGAUAGUCUUUUUGUGUUAGUAGUUAUAUUUCUUGUCUAAUUCAUUUUCUUCCACUUAUUUUAAAUAUCUGUUUUUGGGCUUGUCAUACUGCAAUUUAGGAUCGACUUAUUGAUAAAUCAUGAACCAUAGGCGGUUUGCAUGCAAAUUUCUAGAGUUAGUUUUCACGAUGGCAUGAUCAUAAUAUAAAACAUCUAGCUUUUUGUAAAUAUUUUCACUUGGCUUGCCUCUCCAUGUUUUGGUUCACAUUUGUGGUGCAGGCAGUUCUUGUUGGCGUUUUCAUUAAAAUCAUGCAUCUUAUGACAAAGUUGCACAUUGAGUUUCCUUGUUUCAUGUUUCUUCAUGGUUAUUUUAUUAUCUAUGUAUUUGCAUGUCAAUUUUCUGUCAUCACAUUAGAGGCCUUAAAGCUUAUGGAUUGUUACCCUGUGGGAGAUGGGGAUGAGGAGCAAAAGUCCUCCAAAGUAUAGAGAUAUGGGAACAGGGAUCAUAAACCUCACCUGGCAAGUCUGCAAAGAUUUUAAAAAACAAGAUCAUCCUUACUCUUAUUUAUGUUUAUAUCCAUAUAUAAUUGACAAGUUAUCUUUUCUCUUGAUAUUUAGUAUAUAAUGUAUUUUUUGAUAAUUUAUGGUUAUAAUUUCUUUUCUAAUGUUGGAGAUUUGCUCACUUAGAUGGACAUUCCUUAUCCUACCAAAUGAAGUUAGUUGUAUGGAUUCACAUGUUCUUAUUGGGCUUGGUUAAAGGCCAAAUUCUCAGGAACGUUAGUCAUCAUGGGGCUGCUCUUAAAUUUUUUAUCUAUGUUUUAUUUUGGUCUUUCUCUCUUUUCAUGACCAAAGAUCAUGCAACUAUUCCUUACUGGUAUUGCUAGUGACAUUUUCCCCAUAUCCAAACUACCUUAUUUGAUAUUUUAUCAUCCUUUUCUCAAUUGGUACCACAACAAUAAAUUCUUGUAUUAAUUAAUCAGUUUGUAUGUUGUCCUUUCUUGUGUGACCACUCUCAUUUAUAGUAAAAUUUUAUUGCUGCUACCCCAUAUUUUUCUUUCGGUGUCCCCUUAACUCCAACGUUCACAAACAUUCUUUGUACAUACAUUAAUAAAGAUUGUUAUAAACCACAUUGGUUGGUACAAGUGGUAGUGACUUGUGUCCUUUAACCUAGUGAUUAAGGGUUCAAAUCCCAGUGAUACCACUUUGGGUAUGGAAUAAAUCAUGUUUGAGGGAAAUACCCACCUUGUAUGUGCUUAAGGUCCCAAUGAUGUUAGUCAUUGUUUAAUCCAUACCAAUUUUACCAUUUUAUUUUUAUUCAGUUCUUUCAAAGGUUUGUAUGGAAGUCGAACUGUGGGUAUGUUCAGUUGCAAAACAAGCUGCUCCUAUCCUGCCCAAUACCCACUUCCUUUGCUAUAGAACUUUGGGCACUCAUGCAUAGAAAAUUUAUGGGAUAUUCUCUUUUUCACUUCCGGCAUAGGCUAGUCUCAUUCCUUUCUCUAGGCAUGGCUUAUCAAUAAAGAACGCUGUUGUUUCCUUUACAUUAAACAGUUCUUCCCUUUUGUACUAGUGUUUGUGGAAUGUAAUUGCAUUCUAUGUGAAUACAACAACUACAAAACUUGUUCCUACUAGGCGUGAUUGGCUGCAUAAAUCAAGAAAAUUAAUCUAUACAAAAAACUAUUGAUUUCAAUAUUUUAAAUAGUUUUUAAUGGCUUUGCUGAUAGAUUUUCUCAGUCCCUUCUCUAAUCUGUUGGAUAUCUGCUAGUAUAUGCUUAAAUUUAACACUCAACUCAAUUAUUGGUCUUGGAGACAGGCAUGUUUUGCUUGUUCUUGACAGUCUCAGUUAGCUUUGCCUUUCUUUCAAGCAGUGUUCUGAGUUUCACUGUUUUGUUUUCACUCCAUGGUAGCCUUUCCUUGUGGAUAAUUAGUUGUCCAUGUUGUCUUUCUGUAUAAUUCCUUUUAUUCUCCUUAUAUUAAAAUGUUUAUGUUAAUAUUAAGCUGAUCACACUCGGCUACCUAAGAUGAACCAAGGGGUUCGUGAAUAAUAUGGGAUUGGUGCUGUUUUUUCUAAAUUAAGAAGUCAUGAUAGAAUAAUCAUAAUCAUUAUAACAAGUUAUUAGUAUGACUUUCAUGGAAUUAUUUGCAUUUGACUAUCGGUUUAUGAUUGCUAACCCAGUUCUAGCAUUUUCCUUCAAUUUGUUUUUCGUAUAUUUUGUAGAAUGGCAGUUUUUGUGGGCUUUCAUGAAAGUUGCGCAUGCUUGCUUAGAGCAAAGCUGCAGAUUAAGUUUCCUUACGUGGACAUUUAUUAUCAGGGCUUUGAUACAAGUGCUUAUACUCUAUUAGAUUUUGUUCAUCUAUUAUUGAUAGCAUUGCCUUGUUGGUGUAAGUGGGGAGUCAUGGUACUAGAAUUGUGGUCGCAAGUUCUAAGUUUUCACGGUCGGUCUCUGCAUCUGCGUCCACAACCGUAAUUUAAAACACUCGGACCACAAAGACCCGAAGUGGAGAGUUGAAUGAUAAAGCUAUCUUACGGGUGGGGUAUGGGCCAUUACGACGGUUUUCAUUUUUUAUUUUGUUCUUGGCUGUUUCAUGCACUUAAAUUGUUUCAAAUACUCUGAUUUUUUUAAAGAAUUCUCUGAAUACUGUUAGUUGGUCGGGUUUUCUACUUUUGAGGCCGCUUGAUUGACAAAUCCAAAGAGAUACACCUUGCUCAACUAUUCUUUUUACAGCAUGUGCAUCAUUGAAGGAUUUUCUGUAGUCAUUUGAUAGUUAAAUUUUGGGUAUGUUUUUUUGGAUCAUAAUCUGCCCUCUUCCCCUCCUCCUGUGCCUCAUUCACAGAAUCUAGGUACUUCUCAUGGAUUAUUCCCUCACUCGUCCUCUUUUGCUAUUUCUCAUUCCUUGCUCUAGCGAUGGCUGGAAAGAACCCAGGGAAAGCUCUGUUCUUCCUUUUAAUUAAUAUGUUCAUCCUUUUUAUGCUAGGUUUUGAGGAAUGAGAUUGUAUUCUAUGCUAAUGAGGUGACAAGAUUGUGGAUCUUCAUAGAGGGAUAUUGUGCAUAUUGCUGCUGAGUGCUAACAUCCUAUAUUCACUUUUUCGUCCACAUCCGACGUAUCUUUACUUUGCUUGGUUCAUUCAACUCCCAAAUAUGUCGUAAUGCUUAAAAAAUGUUGAUAUGUUUGAUGCAAAUUGUCCAUAGGUUUGGUGAAAUUGAGGGUGAUAGUUUAGAAUUUAAUGUGGUUGAAAUUUACUCCUUUAUUGAAAUAAGGUCCAUAUAGUUAAACAGAAUAAUUCUGAAAUCUCGGAAGUCGUAAACACUCUUGACUCAUCAAAUGUAAUGCAUGCUAGUAACCUGCUACAAAUUGAGAGUAUCUUGCGUUGAUAAAUUUCUUUUAUGAUUACUGUCUGCAAUCUAUGGUUCGUCUUUUCCUCACAUUUUGCUCAUUUACACUGUAUGCACAGAAAAGUAAAUAUGGUAUUGGUCUUUAUUGUUUUUUGGUUGGGAAAAGAUUUGUGAAAGGGAAGACUAUAAUUCCUAGGCCAUGGCUUGCCACAAGAUUUAGCAAGGGCUUGUGGUGCCUACUUAUAUAUAGCUGACAAAGAUGGAUGGUUAUCAAACCUAAGCUGUUCAGCAAAGUGUCCCGGGAUCCUUACCAACAACACCUGGAGGUGAGUGCUUCUUUUUAUUACUUUCAAUUGUACUUACAGAUGUUCCUUGUCACCUAGUGACAUGUAAACUUUGUAUAAAUGUUAUAUAUAUGCUUUGAAAUUUAUUACAAAUGGUUGAAGCAUAGCUCAAACUUAAA